AUGACAGACUUGGACAAAGGUCCCCCUGACGCGGCAACGGCGACUGGUUCUACCACAACACCCGUCGCCAAUGAUGCCGAUAGCAGCACGAACAGCAACCUGAACAACAAUAACAACAACGACGGAAGCAUCAAGGCAGACGAGAAGGCCAAGCCCAACGAUGGCGUCACCGACUUCAAACCCACGGCCCGCUUCUGGGCCAUCCUGUUCACCUGCGCCGUCAUGGGCCUCCUUAGCGCCCUGGAAAACACUGUUGUGACCACCGCCCUGCCUCAUAUCGUCGCCGACCUCGAUAUGGGUCAAAACUACGUCUGGAUCACCAAUGUCUUCUUCCUCACAGGCGCCGCCAUCCAGCCGCUCUUUGGCCAGCUGGCUAACAUCUAUGGCCGUCGAUGGGUGACAAUGGCUAUUGUUGCCUUUUUCACGCUCGGCAGUGGCAUCAGCGGCGGUGCCACCAACGGCGCAAUGCUCAUCGCUGGUCGCGCUAUCCAGGGCAUCGGCUCCGGAGGUCUUUACAUCAUCAUCGAUAUUAUCGUGUCCGACUUAGUGCCGCUGCGUAUACGGGGAAAUUACAUGUCUGUCAUUCUCAUGGUCUACACAAUUGGUCUGGCCAUCGGCCCCUGGAUCGGCGGGCUCAUCGUCGAGAGGACUACCUGGCGCUGGGUCUUCUAUAUGACCAUUCCGAUUGGCGGCGUGUCCAUGGUCAUGGUCUUUCUCUUCGUCAGAACCGCAUACAACCGUACCGAAACGCACAUUCAGAAGCUGGCGCGGAUUGACUACACCGGCAACGUGAUUCUCAUGGCCUCAACUGUCGGUAUUCUCUACGCGACUACGUAUGGCGGCACAACCUACUCGUGGGCAUCGGGCCGUAUCCUGUCCCCUCUCAUUAUCGGAUUUGCGGGUUUUUUCCUGUUCGGCUGGUACGAGACAAAGGCCAAGGAGCCGGUGAUGCCCCCCAAGCUCUUCAGCAGUCGCACUACCUCGAUCAUUUUCCUCGCCACUUUCCUCAACUCGACCAUGGUUUACUGGGUUCUUUUCUUCUUGCCCGUUUACUUCCAGGCUGUUCUCGGUGUGUCUGCCUCACAGUCAGGCGUCAAUAUCCUUCCUGUCAUUCUCUUUGGCCUGCCCGGUGCUAUCAUCGCCGUGCUGAUGCUCGCGCGCUGGGGCGAGUACAAGCCUCUGCACAUCUUCGGCUUCGCCGUCGCCGUCAUCGGCAACGGUCUCUUGACCCUUCUGGACCAGAACACCUCGACUGCGAAGUGGGUUGUGUACGAGAUGAUUCAAGCCAUAGGCAGCGGUUUCGUCCUCAAUACCCUCCUGCCUGCUGCCCAAGCCCAGCUGCCGGAGAGUGACCAGGCCGCGACCACCUCAGCCUGGGCAUUCGUGCGUUCCUUUGGCAGCAUCUGGGGCGUCGCCAUCCCGGCCUCCAUUUUCAACAACAAGUUCGCCCAGCUGGCCUACCGCAUCGAGGACCCGCAGGUGCGCGCGCUCUUCCACGGCGGCAACCGGGCGUACGAGAACGCGUACGCUUCCUUUGUUUGGUCCUUCCCCGAAACGACGCGGGAACAGAUUAUCGGCGUCUACAAGGACGCGCUCAAGCUGCUUUGGCAGAUCGCCAUCGCGUUCGCGGCCGUCAACUUCCUCAUCGUGCUGUUUGAGGAGCGCGUGCCGCUGAGGACCGAGCUCGAGACCGAGUACGGGUUGGAAGGGGAGGAGAAGAAGAAGAAGGACACUGAGGCGGCCGUGGGUGUGGAAGGGGAGGCCGCGCGCAAGGUUGGGGCGGAGGAGCCCAAGACUGCUGUUGUCGGUUAA